AUGCACGCCCAACACCAUCAACCACACGACAGGCUGGCAGCCCAGCUCGCACACGCUUCCUCUUCCCUCACAACCCCUGCCCAGCAGGUCGUCGCACCGCUCCCAACGCAAAGCGCAACCCCGCACCUCUCAUACAAGCAGCUCAAGGAAGCAUGGAUCGCAGAUCGCCAGGGAAGCUCCCUCGUCCGCAUCAACCUCCUCAGCCUCACCAUGAUCACCACCUACGCCCUAUGGGCAGUUCAUCACCGCGCCAUCACUCUGCUCGCACCCAGCAGAGACCGCCAGCAUCAGCAGCAUCACCAUCAGCCCACUCACGCCGCCACCCUCCUGCUGCACCACAUCCUUCGCGUAACCACGGCCCUCUCCCAGUGGCAGCUCGAAUUCGCCAUCCUCAUCCUGCCUGCCAUCGCUGCACACACGCUCCUCUCAGACCACCUCCUCCUCCUCAACCUCGCAAUCACUCUCCUCGCCGCCUCAAUCCACCUCGAGACCAACGCCGCCAUUCGCACCAGCAUCCCUGCAUCGCAGCGCGCCGCCCCCACCAAUCCCAAGAAGAAGCACUGGUCAAAACGACUCUCGGACGACGACGACGACCACAUCGACGAAGACCACGUCUUCUCAGACCACCUCGCGCCAUUCAUCCAGGGCGACACACAACCCUCACCCGACCUCGAACCCCCAAUACGCGUAUCCGUCGACUCGGCCGCAGACGCCGCCCACGCCGCCGCCGCUCCCAAUGUCCCCUACUCGGCCCCCUCGGCCAGCACCGACUCAGAGACCCCCACAUUUCGCACCCCUUCCCCCUUCAGCCCCCUCUUUGCAGCUUCCCCCUCGAGCAGCGCCGACUUCCGCUCCGCAUCGGCAUCGGAAGACUCCCACGCUGCCUCCAGAGCGGCGCCGCUCGCGCAGGGCCUCCUGCCGGGUGGACGCAACACGAGGGCCGGUCUCGCGCUCUCGACGGCCCAGCCUGCCCCAUCGCCGCCCGGAUCGCGCCUCGCGUCCCCGCUCCUCGGCCCAGGUAGCAACACCGGCAGCGCUGGCGGAGGCCAGUGGGGCAACCAUCGCAGCUCGCUCUCGUCAUCGUCACCCCUCUCGCCCUUGGCGCGCAGCGUCAUCGACCCGCUCGAGACCAACAAGAGGGCCGCUGCCAGGGCUCCGCCAGUGCGCCUCGAUCCCGCCAACCCCUCGCUCUUUGUGCGCGAGCAGCCCUUCCUCACCGUGUACCGCUCCCACAUGAUGCUCCUCACCGCCAUCUGCAUCCUCGCCGUCGACUUUCCCGCUUUCCCGCGCGACUUUGCAAAGUGCGAGUCCUGGGGGACCAGCCUGAUGGACCUCGGGGUAGGCUCGUUUGUCUUUUCCCUGGGCAUCGUCUCCGCGCUGCCCCUUCUCCGGUCGCCGAGGAACCGAUUCGCCCCCCUCAAGGCCCAGCUGCUGCGCGACGUGAGGCGGACGCUGCCCCUUGUCGCGCUCGGCAUGGUGCGCGUGAUUAUGGUCAAGGGCGUCGAGUAUCCCGAGCACGUCACCGAGUAUGGCGUGCACUGGAACUUUUUCUUCACGCUGGCGCUGCUGCCGUUUGCGGCGACACUGUCGCGGCCCCUUUCGCGCUCGGUGCGGUACAACUACCUCGGGCUGGCGGUGACGGUGGCGCACCAGGCGGUGCUGAAGCUGACGACGCUCGAGUCGUGGGCGCUGUCGUCGACGCUGGUGCGCGACACGCUGGUGCGGCAGAACAAGGAAGGGCUCACCAGCCUGCCGGGCUACCUGGCCAUUUUCCUGCUUGGGUUGGACCUGGGCCACUACGCGCUGCCGCUGGACCCGUACUUUGCCUACCGCCGGCUCAACCGGAGGCGGAUGAAGGCGAGGCCGGGCAAGUUGGCCAUGAUCCUCGCCAGCCUGGGCGUCAUCUGGUGGAGCGCGUACGCGGCGGCGGACCUGAGCGGGCUCGCCGUGAGCCGCCGUUUGGCCAACUUGCCCUAUGUGCUCUGGGUGACGGCGUUCAACACGACGUUCCUGCUGGGGUAUGUGCUGGUCUACGUCUUUGUGCUGAAGCCGCUCGAGCGCGGUCCAACGGCCAUCGUUGGAGGGCAAGCGUCGUCGGCCGGGCAAGUGUCGUCGCUCGCCAACAGCGGCAGUAGCAGCCGCGUGACGCCGCGACUCCUCUCUGAUCUCAACCGCCAUUCGCUGAGCGUGUUCCUUGCAGCCAAUCUGCUAACGGGACUGGUCAACGUAUCGAUCGAGACGAUGUACGCGCCCGACUGGGCGGCCGUCGUGGUGCUGACGCUCUACGUGGGCGCCAGCUGCGGGCUGGCGACGCUGCUGAGCCGAUUGGGCUGGAAGCUGCGCCUGUGA